GGCAAGCACUCGCAGCCGCUCCAUCUGUAGCGUCGACCUUUCAGAACCACUCCAAAACAAUGGCCACUAUCUCGUCGAUGCGCGUUGGCGCUGCUUCCCGCGUGGUCGUCUCUGGCCGCGUGAAGACCGUGAAGGUCGCCGCCCGCGGCAGCUGGCGCGAGUCUUCCACUGCCACCGUGCAGGCCAGCCGCGCCUCGUCGGCCACCAACCGCGUGAGCCCCACCCGCUCCGUCCUGCCCGCCAACUGGCGCCAGGAGCUGGAGAGCCUGCGCAACGGCAACGGCUCCUCCUCGGCUGCCUCGUCGGCCCCCGCCCCGGCCCGCUCCUCGUCGGCCAGCUGGCGCGACGCCGCCCCGGCCUCGUCGGCCCCUGCCCGCUCCAGCUCUGCCUCCAAGAAGGCCGUGACCCCGUCGCGCAGCGCCCUGCCCUCCAACUGGAAGCAGGAGCUGGAGAGCCUGCGCAGCAGCUCCCCCGCCCCCGCCUCGUCGGCCCCCGCCCCGGCCCGCUCCUCGUCGGCCAGCUGGCGUGAUGCCGCCCCGGCCUCGUCGGCCCCCGCCCGCUCCAGCUCCUCCAAGAAGGCUGUGACCCCGUCGCGCAGCGCCCUGCCCUCCAACUGGAAGCAGGAGCUGGAGAGCCUGCGCAGCAGCUCCCCCGCCCCCGCCUCGUCGGCCCCUGCCCCGGCCCGCUCCUCGUCGGCCAGCUGGCGUGACGCCGCCCCGGCCUCGUCGGCCCCUGCCCGCUCCAGCUCUGCCUCCAAGAAGGCCGUGACCCCGUCGCGCAGCGCCCUGCCCUCCAACUGGAAGCAGGAGCUGGAGAGCCUGCGCAGCAACUCCCCUGCCCCCGCCUCGUCGGCCCCUGCCCCGGCCCGCUCCUCGUCGGCCAGCUGGCGUGACGCCCCCGCCUCGAGCUCCAGCUCGAGCGCCGACAAGGCCGGCACCAACCCCUGGACUGGCAAGUCCAAGCCCGAGAUCAAGCGCACCGCCCUGCCCGCUGACUGGCGCAAGGGCCUGUAAGCAGCUUGCCUAACCAGCAGCUGGCUUAAAGCAUGAUGCCUUGGUACGCGUGUGUUAUGUACAACACUAAUGUACAUCACUAGAGCGCGUUAACUAGCGGCGUGGGUUCAUGUUGGAGAGAGAAGAGACUGUGCAGCAGGAGGGUCGGGGGAACCGCGGGUACCUGUGCGGCAUGUUAGCGCCGGGUCUUCAGUUUUUGUUGCGUUCCGUGGGUGUUUGCGUGGUGCAUGCCACACAGAUGUGAGUUCGUGAGUUCUGAUAUGUCUGGUUGCAAACCUGAGGUGCGGAGGAACACAUGCGUUCCAUACUCGCCCUCAAAUUUUGGUUGAGACGUGAGAGGGUGCCUGCAGAGCGUGCGGGUGCCUAAUCCGGAGCGGCGCAGCAGAGCCCUGCCGCCGCGCACUUCAUUCAGUGGAGUGACUAACUUGCACGACUGCUUUUGGGAGCGCGGGCAAGGAGGGCUUAGAGAGGAGAGAACAAGUAGCACUGCCGAUAGGUGAUGGAUGUACACAAGCAUUAGAGGAUGGAUCAAUCGAACGAUGCAAAAAGAGGUGCUGCGGCUGUCAACCGGCACAGCGCUCGAAAACCCUCGUGUGUAAGCAACGAGCGAGACUUUCUGUGGCUCUGGCAGUGUCUCAUGCCCAUGAUGCACUGCGUCUGUAUGGCUUGUCAGCAGGUGUUGGCUCGAUCUUGGUCUCGAUCAGGUUAUCAGUCCACUAUAAAUUUCUGCAU